AUGGGCUCCCCAACCACCCCCGCAUCACCGCUCAUCGCCGCUCAAGGAUACACCCCGAAGGUCUCGUUUGACACGCUUGAGAACCCGCAGGCAAGCAUGUUCUCGUAUACCCUUCACGUGCAAAGCGAAGGGUACGCGCGCAUGCGGAGUACGCGUGUCUUCCUCUGCGCGUCGAGUCCGGACGAAAGCGGCCGCCAGGCGCUCGACUGGUGCCUCGAAAGCCUCGUGCAAGACGGCGACGAGCUCGUCGUUUUCCGCGGUGUGGAUCCCGAUGACUUCGCUGAUAACGACCACGACCAGUAUCGUGAGGACGCGCGGGGGCUCAUGCACCAGAUUCAGGAGAAGUGUGUCGAAUAUGAUGCUGAGCGCAAGCUCUCUAUCAUCGUCGAGUAUAUCGCCGGAAAGGUUACACAAACACUCGACCGUCUCAUCGCUCUGUAUCGCCCCGACUCCGUAGUGGUCGGCACGCGCGGUCAGAGGAGCGUCAUGCAGGCAUGGGCAGGUGCCUUCGGCGCGCCCGGUGUCGGGAGUGUGUCCAAAUACUGUCUGAGUCACUCGCCUGUACCAGUCAUUGUCGUUCGCCCGGAGAGUAAAGUCAAGAAGACGAUGGCGAAGCGGAGAGCGAAUCCGAAACGUGGACAGCACUUCGACGAGCUCACGAAACCGAAGACAAACAACGGCUCUUUGUCCGUACCCAUGUUCUCUACGCUCACGCGAUAA